AUGCCGGACCAAGGCAGGAAACGGUGUCGUUUGGUUUUGCUAGCAAGUCCACUUCAAGGCCACAUGACACCCCUGCUUCAGCUUGGGACAUACCUUCACUCCAAAGGGUUCUUAAUAACCAUUGCACACUCUGAGUUUAACCGGCCUGAUCCUUCUAAUCACCCAAAUUUCAUAUUCCUACCUCUAUGUGACAACUUGUCCGCAACUGAUAUCUCUUCUGGGAUCGGCCAAGUGGUGAAAGUUGUCAAUGAUAAUUGCAAACCCCAUCUCCUGGAAUACCUCAUUCGGGUCAUAAAUGCACAAAAAGACACAUAUGAAAAGGAAACAAUUGUUAUCAUCCAUGAUAAUCUUAUGUAUUUUGCUGCAUCAGUUGCCCGCGAGCUGGGUCUACCCAAUAUUAUAUUGCGCAGCAGCAGUGCCACUUUCUUUCCUGCUAUCAUGAUGAUCCCUCAACUUCAUCAACAAGGCCGAUUACCUGUACAAGGUUCUUUGUUGCAGGAAACAAUUCUAGAGCUUUAUCCUCUGAGAUACAAAGAUCUACCUUUUAUUGGCCUCCCAGUGGAAGCAGCCCUUCAAUUAAUUAACUUAAUCAUUCCCCAAAUAUCCCCUGUUGCUUUUGUUUGGAACACACUUGAAUUUCUUGAACAACCGGCACUGACCAAGAUACGCAAUCACUACCAAGUUCCAGUCUUUACUGUUGGCCCGCUGCACAAAAUAAUCCCAACUCCUUCUACUAGCUUCAUAGAAGAGGAUAUCAGUUGUAUCUCAUGGCUAGAUAAACAAGAACCCAAAUCAGUUAUCUAUGUGAGCUUAGGAAGCUUAGCAAAUGUGGAUGAAAAAGUAUCAAUUGAAAUGGCAUGGGGUUUAGCCAAUAGUAACCAACCAUUCCUAUGGGUGGUUCGGCCAAGUUUGGUUACUGGGUUCGAAUGGAUUGAAUUUUUGCCCGAGGAUCUAGUGGCUGAAUUGAAGACAAGAGGUUUAAUUGUGAAAUGGGCACCGCAGAAGGAAGUUUUGGCACAUAAUGCGGUUGGUGGAUUUUGGAGCCAUUGUGGUUGGAAUUCAACUUUGGAAAGUUUAUCUGCAGGGGUUCCAUUGUUGUGCCAACCUUUUGAGGUGGACCAAAAGGUUAAUUCUAGGUAUUUGAGUUAUGUGUGGAAGAUAGGUGUCGAAAUUGUCAUGGAGAGAGCGGAGAUUGCAAGUGCCAUCAGAAGUGUAUUGGUAGGCAAGGAAGGGGAAGAAAUGAGGCAAAGAGCUAUAGAAAUUCAAGAAAAGGCUCAGGUUGCAUAUAGCAAUUGUGGUUCUUCGCAAAACUCCUUAAAUGAUUUAGUAGAGUUCAUUUGGUCAUUGUAAUUAUUGUUCAAAUGCAACAUUAUAACAUUGUAAGAUCUAAUAAUGUCCCCUACAAAAUUGUCUGAUUUAUGCAAGAGAAACAUUUUAUUGUCACUAAAA